CCGCCCCCCUUCCUCCUCCGUUCUCCCGCCAUGGCCGCACACAUGCGCUGAGCUCAAGGUACAUAUACAGAGGCUCCGGCAUGGCGCCUCGGCCUCCCAAGAUGAGAGGGACACCCGCGCCGCUCCGCCCAUGGACGCCAUCUUCUCGCUCGCCGCGGGGCCCCGGGCGCGCGUCCUGGAGCGCGCGGCGACCCGCAUCCCAGGCUGCCUCUACAUCUGCCUCUGGGCGCCGGUGAUCGCCGGCGGCCAGCUCGUCCCUCCCAGCCAUUUGCGCUGCGUGGACGCGUGGAUCGGCGGCGGCGGCGGCGGCCGUGCACGGGAGGUGUUCGAGGCGUACCGGCGCGCGUUCUGCGCCGCCGUGAGCGGCUGCGUGCCGGGGUGGGCGUACAAGGACGGCCGCGCGUACAUGGAGCUGCGGCAGCCGGACUUGACGGCGGCGGCGUCGCUGCAGGUGCAGGAUCAGCUCUACCAUGAAGCCGGCACGAAGACGGCGGUGUUCAUGGGCUGCGAGCGCGGCGAGAUCGAGGUCGGGCUGUCGGACACCGAGGCAGCGGCGGUGGCGGGCCACGUGCAGCAGUCGCUGAUGGAGGAGCUCAUGCAGCUGGCGCCGGCGGCGGUGCCUUCGUCGUCGCCGUCCUCCCUGCCGUCCCUCUCCAUCGGGAGCCCCGAGUACUCGUCGCUGCUCAUCCGCUCGAUGGCCGCCGCCGCCGAGCCGUCCUCCUCGCAAGAAUGGCAGCCGCUGCUGCACCCGGCGGCGGUGCAGCUGCCCGGCUUGCUCCCGCCGGCGUACGGCCCGCCGCAGUUCCUGGGGUCCGAGGCCGAGGACGCGGCCAUCGCGGAGGCAAUGCUCGCGGUCAUCUCCUCCUCCGCGCCGCUGCCACCGCCGGCGGCGUUCACCGACGCGCCUCCGUGGCUCGCCCGGCACCGCGCGCAGCGGUGGUCGCCGCGGCGCCGGGCGGGGGCGUUCCGGGCGUACAGCGCCGCGCUCUCGCCGAGGGCGCCGCCGCGGCCGGGCGCGCCGGGGCAGAGGAUGGCCAAGACGGCCAUCGCGCUCAUGCUCAUCGUGCACGCGCGCCACCAGGAGGAGGACGCCGCCGCCGCCGCCACCGCCGCCGCGCAGCCGCCCCCGGCGCCGGCGCCGCCGCAGCACACCAGCAGCCAGCUCCACCACAUGAUCUCGGAGCGGCGGCGCCGCGAGCGGCUCAACGAGAGCUUCCAGACUCUCAGAUCCCUGCUCCCUCCCGGAUCAAAGAAGGACAAGGCCACGGUUCUCGCGAGCACGACGGAGUACAUGCACAAGCUGAUCGCCGACUUGUCGGAGCUCGAGAAGAGGAACCGGGAGCUCGAGGCGCAGCUUGGCCUGCUGCCCCUCGAGACCCAGCAGCUAGCCGGGAGCGGCGACGACUCGUCGGAGAGGGUAGUGCGAGUCGACGUGACCGCCGGCGCGUCGACGUCCGCCGGCGGUGGUCAGGCUCAGGUGGUGAGCAUUCGGGUGGCGGUGCGCGCGGAGUGCGACCUGUCGGAGGUGGUGGUCGCCACGCUCGCCGGGAUCAAGAACACGGGGCGCUUCGCGGUGGUGACCGUCGAUGCGCGGCAACAACGGAGCAGCGGCCAUGCGCAAGUCAGCAUCACAUUGCGGGUCGAGGCUGGUGGUGACGACGAGCCCGACGAGACGUCCCUCAAGGAAGCUGUGGCGAAGGCUGUCGAGGAUGCGGUGGCAAGGCCGCCGUCGCCGUCGCCAUCGCCGCCGCCGCCGCAGUGGUCGCCGUAGGCUGUGGCCCGCCGCGCCGGAGCUUUUUCUUUUUUUCCUAGCUGAGCUAGCACAUCAGUUUUGACCGGUCGGAUCAGGGAGAAGCAGGGGAAGCACUAGCAUUUAAUUUGGUGGCAGUGGCCUGUCUGUUUGAUUUUCCCUGUCUUGUGCAUCUUUAGAUAAGAAUGAUUGAUUGGACUCUUUUGUUUCGGGUUUGUCAAUUAAUUAGGUCCGGAGUCAGGGGAGAGGUUAGUACAGACCGGGAGUGAUUAGCCAUCUUAGUCUUCAGGAUCAUUAAUGUUAGUUUUUGUUGUUUGUGGUGAAGUAAAAUUUUCCUUUGCGCAUGUGCCCUCAUGUGGUGAAGAAAAAUCAUUGUCCUUCUAGUGACCUUCAUGAAUCUCAAAGCAGAUACAACAGUGAAUGACCUGAGAGGAUAUACCCUUAAUGGGAAAGUUAA